GUCCUCCGCGCUCGACCGCGCUCAUAAGAGAAACAGCGUGUGUGGUUCUUGACGUGCCGCGAACCUUCGAACGCAAGUGCGAGACUACCCUGUGAGGAAACGUUCCAGGGAUUCGCCUGUUCCCGCCAUCGCAGUUACCAGCGCGACGUGCUGUUUCUUCCCGUGCUCGAUGCCCUUCACAGGCCCGUCCCAUGGCCCUUGUGUCUGCUGAUUCUCGAAUUGCAGAGCUUCUCACAGAGCUCCAUCAGCUGAUCAAGCAAACCCAGGAAGAGCGGUCGAGAAGUGAGCACAACUUGGUGAACAUCCAGAAAACCCACGAGCGGAUGCAGACAGAGAACAAGAUUUCUCCUUAUUACCGGACAAAGCUUCGAGGCCUCUACACAACCGCCAAGACUGAUGCGGAGGCCGAGUGCAACAUCCUCCGCAAAGCGCUGGAUAAGAUAGCUGAGAUCAAGUCUCUGUUGGAAGAGAGGCGGAUUGCGGCCAAGAUCGCAGGUCUCUACAAUGACUCAGAGCCCCCACGGAAGACCAUGCGCAGAGGGGUGCUGAUGACGCUGCUGCAGCAGUCCGCCAUGACCCUGCCCCUCUGGAUCGGGAAGCCUGGUGACAAGCCCCCACCCCUCUGUGGAGCCAUUCCAGCCUCAGGGGACUAUGUGGCCAAACCUGGAGACAAGGUGGCUGCUAGGGUGAAGGCUGUGGAAGGGGAUGAGCAGUGGAUCCUAGCUGAAGUAGUCAGUUACAGCCAUGCUACCAACAAGUAUGAGGUAGACGACAUUGAUGAAGAAGGCAAAGAGAGACACACCCUGAGCCGUCGGCGCAUCAUCCCACUGCCCCAGUGGAAAGCUAACCCUGAGACAGACCCCGAGGCCUUGUUCCAGAAGGAGCAGCUAGUGCUGGCCCUAUAUCCCCAGACCACCUGCUUCUACCGUGCCCUGAUUCACACCCCACCACAGAGGCCUCAGGAUGACUACUCAGUCCUGUUUGAAGACACCUCCUAUGCAGAUGGCUACUCCCCUCCCCUCAAUGUGGCCCAGAGGUACGUGGUGGCUUGUAAGGAGCCCAAGAAAAAGUGACUCGGGCUGGUAGGCUUGAAUCUGCCACUGCCAACCUCAUGGGAGAAGGCAACCAAGGAGUUCCUAUGAUCAAAUAAAUACUCUUCCCCCUCA